AAAACUGUGUUUUUAAUAAUCUGAGAAAUUGAUAAAUAAACACUGUAAUAAAACUUCUUGUAGAGUUAAAAUAUCUGGAAAAUUGUAGUUGCACUAAAGGUAAAUUUUAUAAAUGGUUUAUCGUUGAAGCAACAAGUCAUUCAAACAUCUAUAAAGAAUUACAUUCAGAGAGAUAACGUUACCCCAUUCUCAUCAACAACAGAAAAAUAAAACAUGCAAUAUGUUUAUGUGCAUGAGUGUCUACAAGAAAGUGAUUGAAAGUUAAUGAGAAUUGUGAAGAAGGAGAUGUGAAUGUAUGUACAUAUACAUUUUCUAACUUAGUAACUAUGUCUUUAGAAAAUUAAGAUGUUUACUCUUUGAUAAGAACAAAGGUAAGUUAAACUGAUAAAAAGUUUGUACUAGUAGUAUAUUAUGAUUUUAUAGCUGGAUUUGACCCUUCAUGAAAAGUUCGUCUGCUAAACUGAGCAGUUCUGUCCCAUGAUGCGCAAGGGACAAGAGUUAUUUCCCUUGAAAUGAUGCUUUUGGCAACCUGGUCGUGUGAAAGUGGUGUCCCGUCAAAGGAAUAUUUCACAAUGGAGAGAAAAUUUGCCAGGUAUUUUCAUUUAAUGUUAUAAUCUGAACCAUGUUCUAGCAGCUUCACACUCAUGUGUGUGAGGUAGAAAAGCAUGGAAAGAGGUGCUGUACACAGACAGGCAUCAUUCCUGAAGACCCAGUCUUUCUCCCAGUUUGUAUUGAGAGCACGGUGACCGCCAGAUGCUCAAGACCUGAUUCCAGAUGAUGGCUACAGAGCACAGCUUUUUGGUGCCUUGAGCAGUUACCAGUCGUCUCAGGAUGUACAUAGAUUGCUGUCUGACUUGCGACAAGUGUUGGAUGUGCCAGAAAAACUGGAACUGUAUGAAUACAUCAGGCCACUAGUAUUGUUGCAACAUCAAAUGGAAUACAGCUACCGAGCCCCAUCAGCACCAGGUGUCAGACUUCGAACAAUUCGACUUCGUCAUUUGCCUGGUCAAAGCAUUGGUUUUGCCCUCAGGGGAGGGUUUGAAUUUGGUGUUGGGAUGUUUGUGUCGGUGGUAGAGGCUGGAUCACAGGCAGAAUUAAGAGGGUUAAGGGCAGGGGAUGAGUUAGUGCGUGUCAAUGGAUUUGUUAUUGCUGAGGCGAUUCAUGAAGAUGUCCUAAACUUGAUCAAGUCACGGGAAGAAAUAGUCCUCAAAGUCACACAUAUUGGGAUGAUUCCAAUCAAAGAAAAGGCUACAGACCCAGUGACAUGGAGGUAUGCAGAUGAUCUGGAUUCAAAACCUCCACUGGAGGAAGUGUUGAAGAACACGACUAGAAGAAAAGGUAGACCUCUGGAACUGAAAAUAUUUGUUGAUGCCUCAGGGUAUAGCUCAAUUGGAUGUGGAAUAUUGAGUGGCCCACGAAACUUUCCUGGUAUUUUUGUGGAGAAGGUACGGCCAGGGAGUUUGGCCCACGAGGCAGGUUUAGAUGUGGGAGAUCAGAUUGUGGAGGUCAAUGACACAAACUUCUUGAACAUCAGUCACAAUGAGGCCGUGAUGGUACUGAAAAGCAGCAAACAACUGAACCUUAUCAUCCGCAAGAAGGUGGGCAUGGUAUUGUUUGAGAAUCGUCAGAAGCAGUCACCAAGCCAUUCCCUUAACUCCACACAAUCAGGCCAGUCUCAGCCUGUCAUGCAGAGCAGACUACCAUCAUCAUACACAUCUCCUUCAAAAAAUCUGGAUGAAAGUAGCCUGAUAGAAGACCAGCUAAGAAGAGGACUGGAUGGACUGGGUAAGGCCACAUCCAUUUCUGCCUCACAGCAGAAUGGAAUUGAAACAGAGACCACAUCUUUUAGCUACACAAAAGUAUCUUCAGAUACUGGUCACACAAAUGGGACUAUUCCAGCUGAUGAGCUAUCUUCCCCUAAACCCACUGCACAUCCCUCCCCUCCCAGUGGCAGUAAUGUAAUGCACAGUGCAUAUUCUGACACACAGUCUUCCACGUCCUACGACAACCACCCUUCCUUGUCCCUCUCAGAGAGUGCUUUAGAAUCACCAAAUCUGCCUGAUGAUUUAGAAGAGGCAGGUUCAAUAAUUUUACCCAAUUACCCAGCUGCCACCUUGGCCUUAUCUCAAGCAGAAGAGAAUCCAAAUCCUUAUCCUGUCAGCUCUCCCAGUACUCCCUCCUCUAACAAGAGCAUGACAUCACAGACAAGCAGUAGUAGUGACACAAAGAGAACACUUCCAAUGUUUAGAGCGCCACCUCCACCUCCAUUCCCACCCCCACCAGUGGAUGAAGCAGCAAAAUCUGAGUCCUUGCCUCCAUCACUCUGUGGUAAUGGAGAUCCUAGCAAAUGGAGCAUACAAGAGUUUACCGAACACACUAAAGAAGAGAGUGGACGGGCAUUGAGUGACAGUGAAGAACAGAAUGGGCUUGCAGAGAAUGGAGAACUACAGAUAAGUGAAGAUGAUCUUGAUUUGUUACCUUUGCCACCUCCAUCUCUUCUAGUUGAUGAUGAUGAUGAAGAUGACAAUAAUAAACUUGAGCAGAGGAGCUUUUUUAGAGACAAAGAGUCAAUGACAAAUGGUGGAAGCUCCAACAUUGUUAAGCAGGCAGACACAUACACAAAUUAUUUCAAUGGCGUAGAACCUCAAUUGUCUCACCAUGAAAAUGAGUUGGACAUAUAUGCAAAGCCCCUAAAAAAAGUACCACCAAAAUGUAAUUCAGGUGAAGGUCAGUCUUCAUUGUACUUGUCCCCUACACAAUCUUCUCCACCUAACCCCAUUGAAACCCAUGCCACUGGUCUUGGAGGUGCAGCUGCGGUGUUAGCGGCUCGACGAGAGAAAUCAGGGCUUCAAACCCCGCAACUUCUGGGGCCUGAGGCAAGCAGAGUUUCAUGUUUUGUGGGCUUUCAGCACAAAGACUGGGUUCAUCUGUUCACUUCUUCAGACAUUGAUGGAAAAGAACUUCGAUCAUUUGAGUUUCCCAAGGGCCAAGAUUUGAAGAUUGCAAUGGAAGGUGGGAAUGGUACUCCUCUUGCAGGCAAAAUUGUUGUGUCUGCGGUAUUUGAUGGAGGUGCUGCUAUUGAAAAUGGUUUGCAGACUGGUGACCAGCUUCUGAUGGUCAAUGGCAAGAAACUGACAGAUGUAACUCUUGCUGAGGCAGAGAAGAUUUUGGAGGAGGCUAAAAUGGGAUCACAGAAAAUGGUUCGUGUGGUGUAUGCACAGAGUCUUUUCCUGAACAAUGAGGAGUGUGUUACAUAUUUCUAGACAUGGACAAAGACAAGAGUGCAGCAUGUGUUGCCUGAUGACAGCCUUGCCAGUCAGAAAUUGUGGAUAAUGACUGUGAUGAAGCUUGCCUGGAUGUUUUCCUUAAAAAUUGUGAUCACAUGAAGAAAGACUGUAGUCUGAACUGAUGAAUAAAGGACCAAAUACUC